CCAUCAAGUUUGAUACUUUCACUCCUGCAGCAGAAAGGGGUCUUCCAGUCACUCGAGUAAUCAGCUGAAUGACUUUGCAACAAAUCCUUGCUCAUGUAGUUGGGGAUGAAAUUAUUUUGAAUGACAGUAAUUCUGUUAAAUUUGAGGAAAAUGGAGAUAAGGUGAGGAAACACUUAUUUGGACCAAGUGAGGCCACCUAUUCAGGCUACACCUGUUAUAGUGGUAUUGCAGAUUUUGUGCCUGUUGAUAUUGAGACUGUGGGGGAUGUACCAGGAAGUCCUGAAAGUAACAGAAAUGAAAGUAAAAUUCUGGGUAAUUUACCAGGAUGCAGUACGCAAGGAUUUUCUACAACAGAUGAUCUACACAAAGAGGGGCUCACAAAAAAUUAUGUUAUCAUUAUUUGAGAGUUGUUAUGUCUGGCUUUUCUCCCAACUUCAUGUUUCUGAAGAUGCAUUAUUUGAAGAACAAUGCAGCUGAACUGAACAGAUGACAUCAGGAAUAUCUUCUCUUUCAGAUAAUUAAAUAUGAGAGAAGGAUUUAAAUGUUGAAUGCAGUGAUUCUUCUUUCUAUGAGUACACAUCUGUUUCAUAUAUUGUCGGGUAAAAAGGAAAGGUUGUUGAAAAUAUUUGAGGGGCAGUGUGAUAAUGUGAUAGAUUUAAUUGUUGCUACAAAUGAAGAAAGCAGUUCUUCGAUGUGACAUAUAUGGCAGGACACCCCAUAUUCACUUGGGGAAAGGGUUGUGUUACGUUAAGGACUCUGUCUAUGCCAUGCAGCCAAAUAUGGGACAAGAGGGAUGCAUGGCUGUUGAGGUAUACCUUGCUUUAGUGUGAUUAUUUUCCAAACCUUUUAAGACUGUGGACAUAAACAUAAAUUGUUAGACUCCCAAAUGUGAAGGUGUAUCAGAACAGGGGUAGUCGUGGGAAUAGGGGAUUAUGUUGAG